AUGGUGAGCCACAACAAUGUGGUCCCCAAUGCCCACUUCAAGAAGCACUGGAUGCGCCGCGUGAAGACAUGGUUCAACCAGCCAGCGCGCAAGGCCAGGAGAAAGAGAGCCAGGGUCCUGAAGGCGAAGCGGACGUUUCCCCGCCCAUUGAAGAGCCUCAGGCCCGUUGUGCGGUGUCCCACCGCGAAGUACAACAAGCGCCAGAGGCUCGGCAGGGGAUUCACCCUGGAAGAGUUGAAGGAGGCCAAGAUCCCACCCAAAUUUGCCGCUACCAUCGGCAUAUCUGUUGACCACAGGAGGAGGAACCGAUCGUUGGAGAGCCUCCAGAUGAAUGUUGCGCGACUGAAGGCCUACAAGAGCAAUUUGAUGAUCAUCCCACGCAACAAGAAGCACCCCAAGCCUUUCGAAUGCUCGAUGGACGAGGUCAAGACAGCAACCCAAGCGCUUGGGAAGAUCAUGCCUGUGGAGAAGGAGAAGCCUGCUGUGGAGUAUGCUGCAGUGACAGAGGAAAUGAAGAAUUUCCGAGCCUACACCAAGCUUCGCAUUGCGCGAACCAACCAGAAGCUGGCGUACAAGCGCGCCAAAAAGGCCGAAGAGGAAGCGGAGAAAGCCAAGAAGUGA